AGCUUCGUUGCCAAGGUUUCCAGAAUAAAAACGGAUACCUCUUCGAUGGAUUGAAGUUUUAUCGAUAUCGCUGUAGAGAUCGCAGCUGGUGUAUUAUUGAUCGCCAGAGGGUGAUUCAUUGCUUGCACAGAUUAUCCGUAAUCUGUGACUUCUUGUAAUUUAGUUCACAACUAUUAUUAUGACACACUAUUUCACCCAAAUUAAAAACGGAGGAAUUUAAUUUCAAAAAAGCACCGGCUAUCGGCCAUCUACUGGCAAAAUAAUUAAAUGCUAUUGCCAUUGUUAAGAAGAAAAGUUCACCUGUUCACAGUCAAUGUUAAAAAUAAAAUACGGUUAUGUUAUGGAAGUUUGAAUUUUGUUAGUGUGAAAAAAUAUUUUUACAAUAUUUUGUUUAUAGACUGCUGAAUACCGAUAAAAAUGGGAAAAUUCGCUGUUCCCAAAUGGGACUCCACAGAUGUAGCUGAUGAAAUGUGCAACAAAUUAUUUAAGGGAACAAAUAAGAUAACGAUGAAAGGGAAACUUAAAAACAGUGGUAAAAUAGUUAAAGCAAAAUUAAACAAAGCUAAAGUAGAAAUCAAUAAAAAACUAGCGCAAAGCAUUGAAAACAAUUUGGUCAAUGUAAAAAAUGCUGUUAAUAAGAAGAAGAAUAAACUACUCAAAAAACAGAAUCAAUCCAAAAAAGGAACAGAAUUGCUAGAAACUUCCAUGAAUAAUAACAUUAACUCUAGCAAAAAAAAAUUGAAUCAAAAAAAGAAAAAAGUAUCGAAGUUGCAAAAUUUACCAAAUUUUAAACAUAUGAAGAAUGUGAUAGAGACAAAACUGAGCAAUGAAGAUGAUCAACAAAUGCUUUUUUCACAAGAUUCAAUUUCAGAAAGUAGUUGCGUCAACACUGAAAAUAAAAAGAAUAAACGGAAAAAGAAAAAAGUCGUAGAUUCAAAAACAGAUAUAUCAAAAAAAAUAGAAUCAGACAUAGCUAAAGUGAAACAAAAGAAAAAGAAGUUGAACAAAAAAAUUUUUAGUGAAACUGAGGAUUUAGAUGUUACUUUGGAAUCAAAUUCAGGAGAAAGCACAGCUGUUGUUGAAAAUAAAAGCAGCAAACAAAAGAAAAAGAAGUUGAACAAAAACAUUUUUAGUGAAACUGAGGAUUUAGAUGUUACUUUGGAAUCAAAUUCUGAGGACACCACAGCUAUUGUUGGAAAUAAAAACAGAAAGGGAAACAAGAGCCUGUCUUUGAGAGAAAGAAUGUUAGCGAAGCUUAAGGCUUCAAGAUUUAGAUAUUUGAAUGAACAGUUGUACCUUUCACCAAGUAAUGAAGCACAAAAUUUUUUCAAGAGUGAUCCUGAUUCCUUCAAAGCGUAUCACGAGGGUUUCAGACAACAAGUUGACAAAUGGCCAAUAAAUCCUGUUGAUGUCAUCAUCGAGAGCAUAAAAAAAAUGAAUAAAACUCACGUAAUAGCUGACUUUGGGUGCGGAGAUGCCAAGAUUGCUCAGGAGGUUCCACAAAAAGUUCACUCUUUUGAUUUAGUGGCAACUAAUGAAAGAGUUACUGCUUGUGAUAUGGCUAAAGUUCCGUUGAAUAAAGAAAGUGUGGAUGUUGCUGUAUUUUGCCUUUCAUUGAUGGGGACUAACCUACAUGAUUACCUGAAAGAAGCUUGUAGAGUCCUUAAAAUAGGAGGAAUUCUGAAGAUUGCCGAAGUUGAAAGCAGAUUUGAUAAUGUUGACGACUUCAUCAAAGGUGUUCAAAGUUUUGGAUUCAAGAAUACACAGAAAGAUUUGAGCCAUAAUAUCUUCUAUUUCAUUGAUUUCAAGAAAACAACAAAUAUUAAAAAAACCAAAGGCUUACCAACUCUCAGCUUACAUCCAUGCAUGUACAAAAAAAGAUAAAUAAAG